AACAUUCGAGCAGGGUCAAAGCGAAGCGAUUCACUUUGAAGGAGAAAACAACAAACCAGGAAGUAGGUAGGCGGUAACGUAAUCGGCUGUUGAACGGGGACCACAAACUCAAUACAAAAGUUCGACACAUUUGAUGCAUCAGGAUUAAAGAAGUUAUCACUCCGGUGGCAAAGGACUCAAUUUUCCAACAACAUGUAUAAUGAUCUGGAGCAGGGUGAGGUGGUGGAGCAGGACAAGGUGAAGACCCUGCAAUCUCAGGUGGAUGGGGUGAAGGACAUAAUGACCCAGAAUGUGGACCGGAUCCUGGCCCGGGGUGAGAGGCUGGACGACCUGAUGGGCAAGUCAGAGGACCUGCAGGCUGGGGCUCAGAACUUCAAGCACACGUCUCAGAAGGUGGCUCGUUCCUACUGGUGGAAGAACAUGAAGCUGUGGGUGGUGAUAGUGGUCAUCGUCCUCGUCAUAAUCCUCAUCAUCGUACUGCUCGCCACUGGAGUCAUCCCUACUACCUCGCCUGCUCCCCCUCUUCCCACACCCACGAAAGCGCAAUAACCCCCCAUGGCGGAGACACACAUUUACAGUACAUCACGCACAUACACACUCACAUACUUGUUAGCUUACUUACCACCUGAGCAAUUUCUUUCAAGAGAAGCCCAACUUCGAGACCAACUUGGCUGAUGAUCAAUAGCUACUGUUGACUCUACAGUUCAACAAUGCGUCAUCACUUUGAAAUGAUGCGUGUUGGCUUUUAUGAAUAACCCUAACUUAUUUGCACAUUUUCUCCCUUUUUUCUUAAAUACAUCACUGUCUUAACUCUUGUACAGCUUCACACCCUCCGUCUAACCAGUCUUUGGCCAUUCAAACACCAUAUGGUUCAUUUGAAGAAAAAAAACGACUAACUCCCCUGCUCUCUUUGUUAAUGCUGUGCCGCAAAUGUUUUUCAGGGAAGACCAAAGUACUAAUUAAGGGGUAGAUAUUGUCAUUGUAGCCUAUAUAAUGUUAUUUGUGACACAUUUCUAAAUUCAUGCUGGCAUUUAUGGUUUCUAUCCAUUUGUUGUUUUGAGGGUAUGUAAUGUGAUCCACACACAGUCAGGGGUAAGGAGUUAAGCCUCCAAGAGGUCAAAGGUCAGGACAGAUUUGAAUGGGUGAACAUGGGAGAUAUGAAAAGAUUUGUGCUGUAGAGAUGUGUGUUUGUCAUGGUCAUUGUUGCUGAUAUUUAUUUUAAAUUGUUUGUAUAGUUAGUCUUUUCUCACUUUUUCCACCGUAUUUGAAUGGGUUUUUAGCUGAGCUGGUUACUAGAACGGUUGUCACAGUGUUUUUGUUUUGAAAGAUGGGAGAACAGAUUUUCUGACUUGCAAUGUUACAGUUAAAGGAACCAUCGGAGGCCACAGACGAGACAUAGGUUGUUGGGAACUGAGAGGGAAAGAGAGAGAAUGGUGGGAGACUCUGGAGAAGUGAACGGUCUUUACACCUCUAUCCAUGACCUUCUGAUACUCCAUCAUACAUAACCUGCUGGAACUCUUGUCAGGACCUAUGCUUGUUAUCAUGUUCCAUGUACCCAGGUCUUGGAAACCCUGGCUAACUCCAGUCAAGCUGCUGUGAGAGAGGGAUGAUUGAACAGCUAACAACUCCCCUGCUGGUCUAAACUAAUGUCUAAAGCUCCUAUGACUGCUGUCAUGACAUGGCUUAGUUACUGCCUUGUUUUAGGAAGACACUAUCUUUCAAUUGUAAUGUACUGUAAUUCAGUAAUUGCUUACCUAUUUCUUCCCCUUUAUUUCUUUGCCCACUUUAGUCUUAAUUCCCCCAAAAUGUAUUAAUUCUGAUAAUGUAAUCUUGACUCCGUUAAAACGAUAAAUUGCAGAGUAGCUUUUGGUACAUGUAUUCUUUAGCUACUUUUGCCUUUGAACUUAUCCCACUGCCCACUCCAAUGGUGCAAUACCAUCUGAGCUUUGGAGAGGUCAAGGGGUUAACCCCCAUGCGUGUAUAUAGUUCAUGUUUAGUUUUUUCACCUGUUAGUACAUUUGUAAACCAUCCAAGUAGUGUAACAUUGAGGUUCAUUUAAGGCUAUUUGUCGUCCCUUCUGAACAUCUUUUGUUUUUCAUAUUACUGUAUUAAUGUUAUUUUUAAUCAACAAUACCAAUGAAGGAGUAUGAUAUGACAUGCUUGGAUUAAAAAGUGUCUACAUACUUAGAAAAUGCCUGACACUUUUAUAAUGGGAAAUUAUUGAAAUACAAUUUUGCCUUAAUCCCUUAGUUAAAAGUAUGAGCACAUAUAUGUUAUAUAUAAAUAUACAAAUAUAUGUUUUUUUAUAAGGCUGCCACCAUAAUGUGCCUUGCUACAGUCCGAUCAUAAAGGUCAGAUAUGUGUAGCCAUGGGGCUCCGGGCCAGAGAUAUAAUGAUAUUUUAGACCAGUAGGAUGAAAUUGGGCCAGUUACAAUUGCUGGAGAAUUAUUUGUUUUUCAUUAAUUGAUCGAGUUCAAUCAUGUUGUUUCUGAUUAGUUAUAUAAUAAAUAGUAUUACCUUA